ACAAAGAUUUGCUACAAUUACUGUCUCCGCAGGUUAGUAUUUAUCGAUAUAGCAAGGGAAUAAUUUCUCCUUUCACUUAUACGGAAUUUUGCCAGGCCUACGGCUUUGUUCCCUUUAAUUAUCUUGAUUAUCUUUGUUUAUUAGGAGACAAAUCCGAUAACAUUGCCGGAGUUAACGGGAUUGGAACUAAAUCCGCUCAGGAAUUAGUGCAAAAAUUUGGAACCGUGGAAAAUCUAUACCAAAAUAUUCACCAGUUGCCGGUUAAGACACAAGAAUUAUUAGGCAACAAACAGCAAUUAGUUUACCAAAAUAAACAAUUGAUUACUUUAAAAAAAGAUUUAAAUUUGCCAAUUAGUUGGGAACAAUGUGAUUUUAAUUGA